CGAUAGACGACGCAACAAAAUUAUGUUACACCAGCGGUAUUUUUUCUCAAAACACUGCGCGAUGGCCUUUUACGCUGUAGCCAGUGGGCGAAGGACUGGAGUCUACGACUCUUGGGCAGAGUGCGAGGAGCAGGUCAAGGGUUAUAAGAACGCCAAAUACAAGAAGUUUAAAACGCGCCAGGAAGCGGAUCAGUUCGUUAAUGGCUGUAAGUCGUAUGCACCACAGGAUGUGGCCGUGCCGCUGGGCAGGGGACAGGCAGCACUAGCCAGUUGGAAGAACAGUACAGGAGUGAUUGGGAACCCCAAGUACACAGAGGAGUGGCCCGAAGAGAAUCACGAUCAAGCAGAGGAUGAUCUGAAUGCUGCCAUGAAUGAGGUGGAGGGAGAUCCCAUGCCAUCUGAUAGUAGCAACUUAGCAGACAUUCUAAAUCGCAAGCGGAAGGGCACGCACAGCAGUGAUAACCGGAACAAGAUCCCACGACAUGCCUCUCAGGUCAUAGAAGCCGCUGGACUCAAGCAAGUGGGUGCAUUCCAGUUUGAAAUCGAUGCAGAGGGCUAUGUAAUUGUGUACACAGAUGGCUCAUGCAUAGGCAAUGGACGACCCGACGCCUGUGCCGGCUAUGGUGUUUAUUUUGGCAAGAAUCAUCAGCUAAACGCAGCCAAGCCUGUGGAAGGUCGCGUUACAAAUAAUGUGGGUGAAAUACAAGCGGCCAUUUAUGCCAUAAAAACCGCCAUUGAUUUGGGAAUACAGAAGCUAUGCAUUAGCACAGACUCCCACUUUCUAAUUAACUCCAUAACCUUGUGGGUUACGGGUUGGAAAAACAGGGGUUGGACUCUAAAGAACAAUCAACCUGUGAAAAACGUUGUUGACUUUAAGGAACUAGAUAACCUGCUUCAGAGCAACAACAUUACCGUGAAAUGGAACUACGUGGAGGCCCACAAGGGCAUAGAGGGCAACGAAAUGGCAGACAAAUUGGCGCGACAAGGAUCCGCCAUGUAUAAGGAUAGAAAUCGCUGAUAAGCAUUUUUAAAUGGAGCGCCUUUGUAGUAUGUAUUUGAUGUGGCAACGCUGAAUAAAUUGAAGUUACACGACA